GUGGUGUGGCGGUGGACGGGGAUGGGCGGUGUUGCAAGCAUACAUGGUCGGCACAUCUAUGCGCCCAGCGUCGACAGGCAUCAUCAAUCGAGGGGCUGCAUGACGAAGCCCCCGGCACCUCUUCACUUUGGUACCCUGCGCCGCCCUCGCCCCCGACCUCGACCUCUCGCCCGCAGCCAGACGGUGCACCAGAGCAUUCCGUCCGCUGUGCACCGCCCCCAGCCAGCUCUCCGCUGCACUCGCGCCCGGCCACUGCGUCAUUCGGCACGCACCGCCAGCUUCCACCGCGCCCGCAGUACCUCGACCCCGACCUGCACCGACCUGCAUCGACCUGCACCGCCUGCAUCGACCUGCACCGCCUGCACCGCCUGCACCGCCUGCACCCGCCCAGCACCCGCCCAGCACACCCGCGUCCGCUGGCGGCACUCUGAUUGCCCGUCUUCUCUGAGCGUCCCGCAGCUGUUUUGCCGCGCGCGAGCUGCCAAUGGCGCCCACCAUGUUCAAGGUCAGGGCCGUCUACGACUACUCGUCGCCCCACGACGACGACCUGAGCUUCACCACCGGCCAGAUCAUCACCGUCACCGAGGAAGAGGACGCCGACUGGUACGUGGGCGAGUACACCGACGACGCGGGCACGAGCCACGACGGCCUCUUCCCCCGCAACUUUGUCGAGCGCUUCGAGCCGCAGCCACCGCCGCGGCCCAACCGCGCAUCACGGUACCAGCCGCUGGAGCAGCCUGCAGCCGGGUCGGCGCCCUCGACGCCUGUGAUCUCGCAGCAGCAAGUCGAGCCCGGCCCUGAGCCUGUGCCUGCGCCCGCGCCCGAGCCGGGGCGCCCCGAGGAGCCUGAAGCGCCCAAGCCCCAGCCGCCGCCGCUGCAGCUCCCGCCCACCGCUGCUGAGCCCAAGCCGUCCGCGGUCCUGUCGCCGCCGUCUGCCGUCCUGUCGCCGCCGUCCCCUCGCUCUGCGCAGAGCAGCCUCCGGUCGCCCGAGGACGCGCCGUCGCCCACAGAAGCCGCAAGAGCGGCUGCCCCCGCGAAGAAGCCCCCGCCCGUCGCCGCCAAGUCGAAUGCGUUCCGCGACCGCAUUGCUGCCUUCAACCAGCCCGCCGCCGCCCCCAUCCAGCCCUUCCACGCCUCUGCCCCGCCGCCGACGUUUGUCAAGAAGCCCUUUGUGGCACCUCCCCCGAGCCGCAAUGCGUACGUUCCGCCGCCCAAGGAGGCCCCGCAGGUCAAGACAUACCGGCGCGACGAGGACCCCGAGAUCGCCGACCGGCAGGCGCAAGACCAGGACGCCGCCGAGAGGUCGGGUCUGACGGGCGCCAGCACCCAGCCCAACGACGCCGAAGACGAGGGGCCGAAACUGAGCCUCAAGGAGCGCAUCGCCCUGCUGCAGAAGCAGCAGCAGGAGCAGGCAGAGAGGGCCGCCGCCGCCAUGCAGCCCAAGGAGAAGCCGAGGAGACCGGUGCAGAAGAAGAGACUCGAGUCGCACGAGGGCCCCGCCGAAGACAGCGAGGAUACGGAGCUCGACAAGGUCGUCAGCGCCGGCUCCGCCACACGCGCCUCCACCGACCACGCUCGCCCGCCGCGAACCCCGCACGACAUCAAGGCGCCCGAGUCGCUGCACCACGACCGCGAGCUGCACAGUGACGCCAACGAUGCCGACCAGUCCGGCGCCGGCGAGACCGAGGACCAGGCCGACUCCACCAGCGUCGACGACGACGACAAGCGCACAGCUGGCCAUCCGCCGCCUGUGCCACAGAGAGCACCGGCUGCGACACAAAGAGCACCGGCUGCGACACGAGAGCCUGAUGCUGGCGGCGAGCAGCACCCUGGCGAGGAAGAGGAAGACGACGACGAAGAGGAAGAUGAAAUGGACGCCGAGACCAGGCGCAAGCUGGAGCUGCGGGAGCGCAUGGCCAAGAUGAGCGGCGGCAUGGGCAUGCCCGGCAUGUUUGGCGGCAUGCCCAUGGGCAGCCUGCCACCGAAGAAGAAGAAGUCGACUGCCGACAGCAGGAAGGCCGACGACGCCGAAGACGCGCACGCGCCGCAGCAGCGCGUCGCCAUGUUCGCCAUGCCCGGCAUGCCCGUCAGGAGCCCCGAGCCAGAGAACAAGCAGCUGGCUGUUGCGAGGGAGGACGAGGCCCAUGACCCCGUCACUGGAGCGCACGCAGCAAACGCGCUGCCGGACAUGGAGGACGUGACGGCGCAGGCCAUGUCGACAGCACCAACCGGCGACGGCGCACCGCCUGUGCCGCAAGACCGACGACCUGCUCCUCCGCCAGCGCCCACUGCCGAUCGCUCGGCGCCGCCAGUGCCCGCCGCCUCUCGACCGGUCCCGCCGCCUCUGCCGCCGAUUGCCUCGCCAAGCCCAGGCUCGGAGUCUGGCGACGAGCUGACGGACGUGGUCCAGUCGCCCAGAAGCCCGCCGCCAUUCCCACCGCCACCAAAGCGUGCCUCCUACUUUGGCGGAGAGCAGACUACCGAUUCGCCUGAUCGUCGGGUACCGCCCAUCCCCCUGGCCAGCCCCACGUCUCCGUCUGCCCGUCUUCCCCCGCCUCCGCCACCGACUGCCGCACCGGGUGUUCACCGUGCCGAGCUGCCGGUGAGGAAGCUCGACCACGAGACCGACUACGAGGGCGACUACGACACGGACACUGCUUCAGGAGACGCCCACAAGGAUGCCCUCCAGUCCCACGCCCGCGAGCCAAGCCUAGACGCAAGCACUGCUGGCGGAUCUCCCACCAUACCGCAUGGCAUCCCUCCACUUCCCCCAACAGCCCAUCGUGCUGUACCGCCGCCUCCUCCGCAGCAACCCCCGAGUCGGCCAUCGAUGGAUCCUCCGAGUCGGCCAUCGAUGGAUGCCCCUCGCGGCGCGCCUCCUCUGCCCCCUGUUCCUCCUCCUGCGCGAACACAGGAGGAAGAAGACGACGAGUACGAUCCCUACAGGUACAACUCACAGGCAGUAGCCUCGCCUACCACUGGAGCGCCGCCCGUUCCUAGAGGCAUGCCCCCGCUGCCUCAAACCCGCCCGCCGCCACCGAUGCCGCCCGCCGCUCCUCCCGUUCCCCAGCAUCAGCCGGCCGACUCGUCUGAAGACGAAGACCUGUACUCGGCGCCUGCGCCCAGAAAGUCUCACGAUAGACCCCCGCCGCCGCCGCCUCAGGCUCCUCCUCACAUGCAAGCGCCUCCGCCGCUGCCGCAGGAGCGGGCACCACCGCCACCUCCGCCCCACGCCCCGCCUCCAUUGCACGCUCCACCGCCGUUGCACGCUCCACCGCCAUUGCACGCUCCACCUCCACUGCACGCUCCACCGCCGCCGCAGGCGCCACCGCCGCAGCUAGGCGUGCCCUUUCAGCAGCCGCAAGCAGAGCUGCAGCCGCGGUCGUCCAUGGGCGCAAGGAAGUCGCUUGACGCUGGCCGGACAUUGCAGGGUCGAGUGUCGAUGGACCAGCAGCGCCCUCAGACCAGCCAAGACUUCAUGGCCGGCGACAUUGAUGUCGGAGCCUCGGCCCAUUGGUGGACGAAGCCAAAGACGCUGCCGCCCUCGCUCCAGGCCCGCAAGGACGUGCUCGUCGACCUGCAAGAGUCGCAGUCCGGCAACAUUGUGGAGAAGCUGGUCUCGGUGCUGUUCCUCGACUACUCACAGACCAUCAUCUCGGCACGCUUCGACAGCACCAACGCAUCCGAAGUCGAGCUCGAGCAGCGCCAGGAGCCUCCACCGCCGCGCCUGCGUCCGGACCAGCUCGAGAGCGCCUACGAGCAGUUUGGCCGCCGCAUCGGCAAAGACGCCGAGUCGAAACAGGGCAGCGUCGUGGGCACCGGCACGCCCUUUAGCUUCGUCGACGAGCUGCUGAAGGCGCAUCCGGACGCCCUCGCGCCCGUUUCAACGCGCGCAUACGGCGCCCUCGUGUACGCCAACCUCGCCAACGCUUCCACCCAGUCGCACGACGAGAUCCGGCCCGGCGACAUCGUCACGUUCCGCAACGCCCGCUUCCAGGGCAAGGUCGGCGCCAUGCACGCCAAGUACGCCGUCGACGUCGGUCGGCCUGACCACGUCGGCGUCGUCGUCGAGUGGGAUGGCUCGAAGAAGAAAGUCCGUGUCUGGGAGCAGGGCCGCGAGCACAAAAAAGUCAAGCCCGAGAGCUUCCGCAUGGCUGAUUUGAGAUCGGGAGAGGUGAGGGUUUGGCGCGUUAUGAGCCGCAGCUGGGUUGGCUGGGUGUAGGCGUAGGCGACGGCGUAGACGGCGGAUGGGAGUGUAAC